AUGAUAGCAAUAAAAGGGACUGGAAGGUUCCUCCUGAAGAAUUGUAGGAUUUGGCAGAGGCGUGUGUCCAACAGGCCAAUACAGUCGAGAAAAGGCUAUAAAGUAUUAGCCAUUGAAACUUCUUGCGAUGAUACAUGCGUUUCAGUGUUAGACAGGCUCUCAACAAAUACAGCUCCAACUGUGUUAGCGAAUUUGAAAGACACUCUGGAUAGUAUUGAUGAAGGUGGUAUUAUUCCAACAAAGGCUCACAUCCAUCACCAAGCUCGGAUAGGACCCUUAACUGAAAGAGCCCUGACAGAAAGUAAUGCGAGAGAAGAAAUUGAUCUCAUAUGUGUUACAAGGGGUCCUGGUAUGCCUGGUUCUUUGUCAGGUGGAUUGGAUUUUGCGAAAGGUUUGGCUGUUGCCUGGAACAAACCACUCGUUGGCGUACAUCACAUGCUGGGACACUUGCUGAUACCAAGAAUGGCGACAAAUGGAAAAGUGCCACAAUUCCCCUUCGUUAGCCUGCUGGUUAGUGGAGGUCAUACUACAUUUGUUUUGUCACGAGCAAUUAACGAUCAUGAGAUAUUAUGUGACAGUAUCGAUAUUGCUGUGGGUGACUCAUUGGAUAAAUGUGGUAGAGAACUUGGUUUCAAGGGUACCAUGAUAGCUAGGGAAAUGGAAAAUUUCAUUAAUCAAGAUAUUAACGACCAAGAUUUGGCUUUAAAGCUAGAAAUGCCUAGUCCAUUGAAAUACAAUCCUAGUAGGAGAAAUAUGCUGUCGUUUUCAUUUUCAGCAUUUAUCACCGCAUUGAGAACCAAUUUGGUAAAAUUAGGUAAAACACAAGUCCAUGAACUGCCAGAAUACGAAAUACGGUCAAUUGCAUAUCAAGUACAGGAAUCUAUCUUUGAUCAUAUUAUAAAUAAACUGAAACAUGUACUCAAAUCACAACCCGAGAAGUUUGAAAAUGUGCAUGAAUUUGUAUGUUCCGGUGGAGUGAGUAGUAAUCAAAGGCUGAGAACAAAAUUAGAAACGGAACUGGGCACGUUGAACUCUGCAAGCUUUUCUAAUUUUCAUUAUCCUCCUCUUGAUCUUUGUAGUGACAACUCUAUUAUGAUCGGCUGGGCAGGUAUUGAGAUAUGGGAAAGUCUAGGAUUAGUUAGUGAUUUGGACAUGUGUCCUAUUAGACAAUGGCCAUUGAAUGAUCUAUUAAAUGUUGAUGGUUGGAGAAAAGGCCAGCUAUGA